AUGUCCAACUCAGUGUUUCAAAUACUCUUGCUUCUGGUUUCCCUCACGGUAAAAGCAUCGUCGGCUGCACCUGGACUUGCACAGCUUGCAAAGCUUAAUUGCACGGAAAGAUGCGGAAGCGUCACCAUUCCCUUCCCCUUCGGAAUAGGGCCUGGGUGUUUCUUGGAUAAAUGGUACGAGAUCCUCUGCCUGCGAAACGGCAGUGUUCCCAUACUAAAUGAGAGACAAUUGCGAGUUUUUAACAUUUCGCUCCCCAGUGGAUUCAUGAACGGCAUGAUUAUUGUCAGUCUUCCUAUAAUUCAAGAUGUAAGUUGUGGGGUCCAAUCUGUUGCGCCAGUGAGCUUAGAAGGAAGCCAAUUUGUCUUCUCCCAGACAUGGAACAUUUUUAGAUCGGUCGGUUGCAACACCCUGGCGACAAUCAAGAGUACAGAAUCAGCUGUUGUGGGUUGCAAGUCGCUAUGUCCUGCAACCAGCAACUUCAGCUGGUAUAAUUGUUCUGGGUGGGACGGAUGCUGCAAGACCACCCUUCCCUUUAACCUUCAGGUCUUUAAUGUGGAUUUCAAAGAAGAAGAAGGACCUCAAGGGUGCAACUACGCUUUCCUGGAAGCUACAUCUAACAUAACAGGUUUAUACGAUUCGACUAUGAAUGCUACGGUUCCGGCGGUGUUGGAAUGGGGAAUUGCAAACGAUACCAACUAUGCGCUUGACCUUAUCCUGUAUGAUGACCCAAUAGACAGCUCGAACAAUGCUGAUCCUUUCACCUGUAGCAGAUACAACCUCUACAACCCGCUUCGGUAUGUCAGUGAAAUGCCAUUUACACAGUGCUAUUGUGAAAGGGGGUAUACUGGUAACCCCUACCUCAUUGGAGGAUGCCAAGAUAUUGACGAAUGUGAAGGCUCAAACAGGUGCCCCGGGACUUGCGUGAACAAACCGGGCGGCUUUGACUGCGUCACUGGUAGAAAGACAGCUAAAUUCAUUGUUAUUGGGAUUGGGGCAGGCCUUGGGGCACUACUUUUGUGUCUUUCCUUAUGGAGGUUGUACAAAUAUAUCAAGAAGAGAAAAGAAAUCAUGCUCAAAGAGAAGUACUUCAAAUGCAAUGGCGGUCUUUUGUUGAAAAGUGAACUAUCUACACCAGAAGGCAACGUGGAGAAAAGCAAAUUGUUCAACUCCAAGGAUUUGGAGAAGGCCACCGACUACUUCAACGAUAAUAGGAUACUCGGGCAAGGUGGACAAGGGACUGUUUAUAAGGGUAUGUUAACAAACGGAAAAAUAGUAGCAAUUAAGAAAUCAAAAGCAAUAGAUGGGGGAAAAGUUGAACAGUUCAUAAAUGAAGUCCUCAUCCUCUCACAAAUCAACCACCGAAAUGUGGUUAAGUUAUUGGGGUGUUGCUUGGAGACAGACGUCCCGCUUUUAGUGUACGAAUUUAUACCAAAUGGGACUCUAUACCAAUAUCUACAUGACUCAAAUGAAGAGUUUGGUGUAUCAUGGGACACACGCCUACGAAUUGCAACGGAAAUUGCAGGAGCCUUAUUCUACUUGCAUUCAGCAGCCUCUAUUCCCAUUUAUCACCGAGACAUCAAGUCCACCAAUAUCCUCUUGGAUGAGAAAUAUCGAGCAAUAGUUGCAGAUUUUGGUACCUCCAAGUCCAUUUCUCUUGAUCAAACUCAUGUAACCACAGUGGUGCAGGGGACUUUUGGCUACCUAGAUCCUGAGUAUUUCCAAUCAAGUCAAUUUACAGACAAAAGUGAUGUGUACAGUUUUGGAGUUGUCCUUGUUGAGCUCUUAACGGGACAAAAGCCGAUCUUGUCAAUGAGGGAAAAGGAAGGAAGAAGUCUCGUGACCUAUUUCAUAAUUUCAAUGGAGGGGAAUCGCUUGUUUGACAUUGUUGAUGCUCAAGUUUUGAAAGAAUGUAAGAAAGAAGAGAUUUCAUUGGUUGCUAACCUGGCAAAAAGAUGCUUGAACUUGGCUGGGAAGGCCCGGCCUACAAUGAAAGAAGUGGCAAUGGAGUUGGAGAGGAUAAGGAAGCUCCAAAAUCCUUCAGGUAUUCAGCAAAAUCAAGAGAACCGUGAGGCAACUAAAUCUUAUGAUGCUGCUUUUACAUCUAUCCAGUCAAGCAUAGAUGUCAUGACAUUUUCGGAUGUUCAGCCACUCUUACCUAGUGAGAUGCGGUGA